AUGGUUGUUAAAUUAUUAUUUUCGAUGAUUUUAUUUGAAAUAAAUCCACAACCAUCUGGAUUUUACUACAAUAAAGACAAUGGUCUAUCGAGGUUCAAACGAGGCUCCCUCAUUUCAUCCCUUCUGACUAAGGAGCACGAUCGACAAGCAUUUCGGAAACAAGAUGAAGCCACAAUUGACCAUCUUCUCGGCCUCUUCAACAUGGUCGAAGCUAAACGAUCCCCCGAAUACCUCCCUUCUUCCUACUAUUUCUCAGAAGAACCCGCUCAAGAAAUCAACGAAGAGGCAGAAAAAGCUUGA